AUGAAUGUCGUGUCAGGAACUGUCUCAGCACAAUCUACAAGUACAGCAACUACUGCUGUGACCACUGUAACUAGCGAGGCUCCAACACCCACAAACGCUAGUACUUCUAUAGCAACCACUACCACCACAACUACCACUACCACCACUACCACCGCUGCAACGACUACAACUGCAUCAACAGAUGCUCCGUCAUCCAGUGAAGGAACACAAAACCUGGGUUUUAAACUAGACAAAACCUUUACAUCUGAUCUCCUGGACCCCUCAUCUCCAGGAUACAAGGCCUUAGCUUCGAUUGUGCUGAACGAGGUGAAUUCAGCAUGUCAGAGGCUUUUUGGAGCUAAUUUCCUUCGUUCACUAAUCAAUUCAUUUAAAAGUGGAUCAGUAGAUGUCGAUAUGACUCUUGUGUUCAAAGAUAAAAGCUCUGUACCAGACCCAAGCACCACUACUUCACAACUGGGCAGUGCGUUGUCCAAUUCCAACUUAAACGUUGUUGCAGGUAGUUCGACAAUCAGCUGGAGAAGGUACCAGCAGGAGAAGUGCGGUGGAUAUCAGCAGAAGAAGAUCAGGAGGUAUCAGCAGGAGAGGAUCAGGAGGUAUCAGCAGGAGAAGUGCAGGAGGUAUCAGCAGGAGAAGUGCAGGAGGAAUCAGCAGGAGAAGUGCAGGAGGAAUCUUCAGGAGAAGUGCAGGAGGAAUCAUCAGGAGAAGAUCAGGGGGUAUCAGCAGAAGAAGUGCAGGAGGUAUCAGCAGGAGAAAAUGAGGAGUUAUCAACAAUAG